AUGACCGUUCAGAGGGCUCCAAGCUCUCCAGGAAUGCUUGUGGGGCUCAGCAGGCAUGCAGCCAGCGAUCUGGAUGACCUGAUCGCGGGAAUUCCCCAGGCGGUGAAGUCUCAGCUCGUGAGCAUUCGGCAAGACGAGCGCUUCGAUCAGGACAGGACGGUACUCAGCCGUCAGGAGCGUGGCCAACCAGGGCCCCAGUGCCCCCAGGGGUAUUACAUGUUUCGCAUGGAUGUGGACAAAAGCACCUCCACGGCCACGGCUGCUUGCAACAAGUGCGCCGGAUGUGAUGCUUGCCUGGGGCCUCGCCCCGACGACUGCUUGGCCUGCCCACUUGACAAGCAGCUGCACAUCGACGUCUCGGGGAGGCCCUUCCUGGGAGGGGAAAGUGAUGAUUUGAUUGAUUGGCUUUUUACUACUGUUGUGAUCGGGACUGGUAUGAUUGCUGUUAUUGCCGUGGCACUUGCACCCAAAGAACCAUCAAGAAGCCUAAACGAUGUCUCGCGAAGGUCCGUGUGCUUGGAUGGGUGUCCUGAGUGCUUCAUCAUGUCGGAUACCGGCAAGUGCGAGCUUGACCCAUCGGCAGGGUCAUCCUGUUCCCACCAGGCAGCUUUCAAUCCCAGCGUCAUGCCGGAGGACUGUGGGAAGAAGGAAGAAGGGAUGUUUAGGGCUCUUAAAUCGUGCAAUUGUGCCCAUAUAUGCCCAUAUAUGCCCCGGAUGUUGCCUGAGGACCGUGGCGACCCAGGGACCUGCAAGGAGCUGGAGGCUGCGAAGAGCGCGUCUCCUUCGAAAACAGCCCUCCUGAGCAUGUCGCCGCACGUCUCGCGUGGCCGCUCUCUCCUUUCAAGGCGCGAGCGACCUCAGGGGAUCGACCGGAAAGACAUCCAGCUUGCGAGGAGGACUCUUCAGGCCCUGGGCCAGGAGCAUCCUGCGGGGCAUUCGGAGCAUGCCCUCAGCACCCUCGCGACCAGCCUCAGCCGUCGGCGCAGAGGAGUCUCAAAGGCCGAGCACAAGAAGCGGGAGAAGGAGAAGAAGGACAAGAAGAAGAAGGAUAAGAAGGACAAGAAGGACAAGAAGAAGAAGGACAAGAAGAAGGUCAAGAUUCCGGGCAUGGACUUCGUGAAGGACCUGGCAGGCCCGGAGCUAGUGAAGCAGGCCAAGGACGCGAUGAAGGACUGGUUCUUCGGGCAGGCAGCUUGGGACAGAAGUGUGAUCGAAGUGAACUGA